UCAUGGCGCCUCUAUAUCAAAGAUCAUAUGAGGACAACUUUUGUCCUUCAGAGCCUUCAACAUUAUCUUGGACGAUCACUUUUCUUCUGUAGUGAACCGAAUCCUCCAUCUAUCUCUUCUGGCUUAAACUUACUUUUACUCCAACUUAUUACCCCUUUUUUAUUCCCUUCUUCUGGGCUUCUCUGGGCCUGCUUUCUGGCCCACAGACACUUUUUGUUUCUCUUUCCUCUUCUAUUUCCUUUCUUGAGAUAUAAUUUCGGCAGCUUCCCCCUCUUAUUAGGCCCUAAUGCGAUAGGUAGGUAGGUAGGUAUUUCACUAUGCUUCCCUUGAUCCUUGCUGGAUUUACUGGAUGCUUCGGUUUGCUAUUUUAUGCUUACCUGCCUUUAUUUGUUUAUUUUCCUUUAUAUUUUUCUUUUCUUUUUACUUUUCUUUUUCUACUUAUCACGAUGGCGCUCUUCGAACUGUAACACCCCCUUUUGUUAUCGUUAUAUCCUCACUCAUCUCCAGUGUUAUGUUUGAUGUAAUGUUUCUGGUCACCUGUUCUCACCCUUUUUUCCCUAUCAAAUCAUAUCAAUUCACGAAGCAGGCUUGGAAUAGGACGAAAUGUUUGAUGCGCGAAUGUUCCUCCUUGGCUUUGAUUUGCUUGUUAUGUCUUGUAUGGAUUGACUGUGUAGCUAGCCUGUUUUCCCUGUUUUUGACUUCAAGCUUGGUAGCAUUCCUGUUCAAUUCAUUGAUUGGUCAGAAUAGGAUAUUUAUUUAUUCCAGAUUAUUCUGUUGCGCGCACACAUGUACUACUACAGUCUACAAAUUGGUACUGUUGCCGAUUAGUAAAUAAAUCAUUCUGUUGUUGGGGGUGGACGCGGCGGCAUACACCGCUGGUGGAAUAUAACUCCGCAGACGGGGUGAUCUAAUCUAAACCUUCCGUUCACUACUUUUGUAUCCAG